CCUCACAUAUAAUACAAGAUAUCCAAACACUUAUCAAGACGAAUUUACGUUCGAGUCGUUGCUCGUUUUAACACUUUGCGCAUGCGUGACGCUGUUUACCGGAUUACUCCUGUCUCCUAACAGUUAGUAGCGACAUUGUAUGUCAUUUUGAUAUUGUGCUAGCACAAUAAAACGAGAAAUUCCUUCAAACAACAGCAUGUUUGGAGCUCUAGCAGAUGUAGGUAGUUAAAACCGACGUCUAGGUUAGUGAGAACGCGUCUAAGCGAAUACGGAAGUGAGUGUGACCGUGGGUCUCGCUUCAGUGCCGUCAUCUUUCCUUAUGAACCCGUAGCAUCAGUGUCGUGAACAUCAGAGGUGCCCGGUGUGGAGUGACAUUAGACGGUAUAAUGCCGUUCGCGCAAGAUCAGGGGUGACAAAUUUGAUGAGAGUGAGGGAACUCUAAUCCGCCAUGGGAAACACACCAUCAAAGAGUGGCAGCGGCGAGGAACCGGUCAAAACAACUUUGUUUGAAAAAGAGCCAAGUGGGAUUACAUACAGAAUUCCUGCUCUCCUUUAUCUGAGGCACAGUCACACCUUCCUCGCCUUUGCAGAGAAGAGAUCUUCGCCCUGUGACCAUGAUGCCAAAAUCCUUGUUAUGAGAAGAGGAACGCUGAAAGAUGAUGGAUCUGUUCAGUGGUCGUCCAGUCAGGAGCUGUCAACAGCAUGUCUACCUAAUCACCGCACUAUGAAUCCCUGCCCAGUGUAUGAAAAAAACAGCAAAACACUGUUUUUAUUUUUCAUUUGUAUCUGGGGAAAUACCACAGAGUUCAGGCAGAUCAUCACAGGUAAGAACAAGGCGCGUCUUUGCUGUGUUAGCAGCGGUGAUGAUGGGCAAACCUGGAGUCAAGCGAAAGACUUAACAGAAAGUGUGAUGGGCGAAACUCUCCAUAAGUGGGCCACAUUUGCUGUGGGCCCAGGCCACGGUGUUCAGCUGGAGAACGGCAGAUUGAUCAUCCCUGCGUACGCCUAUUAUGUCCCUUACAGAUGCUGUUCCUUCCCCAUUCCUUUUACAGUCUACCCACGUGCACUGUCAGUAUAUAGUGAGGACUUUGGCCAGACAUGGCGUAUAGGUAAGAUGCUUCGAAAAAAGUCGAGUGAAUGUGAAAUGGCAGAGAUCAUUGACCACGAGGGCAGGAGUCAUCUUUACUGCAAUGCUCGCAACACUGGAGGCCACAGAUGUGAGGCCCUGAGUGAAAACAGCGGCGUGUAUUUUGACAAACCUCACAUUGCGCCAGAGCUCAUCGAACCACCUUCAGGCUGUCAAGGCAGUGUCAUUGGCUUUCCCGCUCCUGAAUUUGUCCCAAAUGAUGACGCUGAAAGCAAGGCUUGUGGCACAUCGCUUUUGUCUCCAGACACACAAACCUGGCUCCUCUUCCUCCACCCGACCAACAAGUCUAGUAGAAGGGAUAUGGGCGUGUAUUUGAACCGAUCCCCCCUGCACUCAUCAGGAUGGGACAGGCCCAGGAUCAUCCACAAGGGACCCAGUGGCUACUCAGACCUGGCUUACAACGGAGACAAGGAUCAGUUUUCGUGCCUGAUGGAGUGCGGGAAAGAAAGUGAACUUGAGCAGAUUGCGUUCAUGUCCUUUACCCUUAAUGAUGUCAUGCAGACAGGCAGUAAGAAAGAAAAGAAGAUGCGCUGAAUUGUGGUUGUUUAUUUCUGUAUUAACAAAUCUCUCUAGCGUUUGCCUGCAACCUAAAGAUCCAAGCAAAAGCCACUGAAUAUGAUGUGCAGUAACAUCUGUCUGUGUUUACUGUUGUUCUACAUUCUGGAGAUGAUAAUGCAUGCAUGAGUCGUGUGUUUUGAUGUCUCCUUGUUUACAUGAAAAAGUAAUUUAAGUCUAAAUAGUAUUAAUAUGCAACCAGCUGUGUAAGGAAGGAAACUAUUUUUAAUAGGUUGGGCGGCUGAUUUCAAGCAUGCUGUGCUGGACUGUCAUCUUUAAAACAGGCUUUGUGUGUAGCAUGUUUGACAAGUACUUCGUACCCAUUUCUGCAUCUUAAUAUUUUCUGAGCAGUGGAGAGAAAUUUGCCUACCUCUUUUUAUUUUCAUAUGAAGAUCAUAGCAGGCCUUGUAAAGUAGAGCGUAGAGUCUCAUCCAUGCUCAGCCUCUCCUUUACCUUUAGUAUACUCUGAUUCACUAUAUGCCUUCUACUCCACUGUUUAAACUUAAGCUGUGCCGCAGCCUGUCAGUGCACAACCUUUUUCUGUAGGUCACAGUGGUUGCCACAAAAGUGGACAGGAAAGAUAAACAUUUUCUUUUUACUUGCCACAUCCAGCUAAUAAAUGAAGAGACCAACUAAACUGUACCAUCUCUAUGAGUUUGAUGUAUUAAUAGAUGCUUACUGCAAGCUACUUUGAGCUCAUUUGUACUGUACUAUUUCUUUUAUUUCAAAAGCAAUAUUUCACUUGGUUACAUAAUUUACUUAUUUACUUUCUGCUUAGCUUGAUUUCUGAGUUUUUUUUUAUAUGUCAUUAAGUGCAGGAAUAUAACCAGGUACGAUAGGCUGGCUGUUCUGUUAUCAAAUGAAAGCAUGUAACAGCAGACAGCCACUAGGAAUUUGCACACACAAAACCGUGUACCGAGCGAUUUUAACAUCCAUCUUGGUGUAAUGUUGUGAGGCAAAAUGCCUCGAGGUGGUCCUACACUCAUUUCAUUGUGUUUUUGUUGACUGUUUAAGUGAAGUGACAAAACCUGCAUGAAACAUGUAUUUUAGUAGAAAAUAAAAGUAACCUGUGAUCACCUGA